GCUUGAAGCCAAGCAAAGAGACAAUGACCGCAUGCUAUGUUUGUCCGGAGAUUCUUCGAAUUGACGAUCUUAAAGUCAUAUGAUUCACGGCAAAUAUAGCAACAAAUAUCUCGAUUCGUAUUUCCCAACGCCUCGAAACGUGCAUUGAGUUUGGAGCGAUAUCUGAAGUGAAGAUUGAAGACGUGAUAGAAGAUGGACGACUACUGCUAUGCUAAGAUGGUGACGUCAUGUCAAAGAGAACAUUCCAGCAAAUCACCAACGGAGACAAAGACGGAGGAUGAAGGAGAUCAGCUGAGCUUGCACCGUCCAUACAGCUGCCGGCGACCUCCUUCAGACACUGGCCUCAAGACACCCGUGGACACACCCCUCCGACUAUCAGACGUCCAGCAGCUGAUCGGUAAUCCAGAAAAAGUUUCCUCUCAGUCAGGGGGGAGCUCCACUUUGAAGCAGGAGACUCCACAACCACCCUGCAUUAAAAAGGAAGAGGAAGAAUUCUGCAUCACUCAGGAGGGAGAGUGUCUUCUAGGACGAGAGGAAGCUGAUUAUGAUGAAGAGAAACCACAAGUAGACAACCUCUUAGCUCCACUAUCAGAUAGUGAGGCUGAAGACGAGGUUGAAGAACCUUUGAGCAGCGAUACAGACUGUGAAGGUGAUAUGAGGACUCACACUGACAACAAACAUUCUGAAUGCUCUUCUAAGAAGAGAGGUGAAAAAUGUUUGAGCUGCUCUGUUUGUGCUGAAAGUUUUACUAAAAAUAGCUAUUUGACUGAACACAUGAGAACACACACAGGUGAAAAAACAUUUAUUUGUUCAGUUUGUGGCAGAACCUUUUCUCAAAAUUGCUAUUUGACUCAACACAUGAGAACACACACAAGAGAAAAACAUUUAAAUUGUUCUGUUUGUGGAAAAAGCUUUUUUCAAAAUAGCUCUUUGACUCAACACAUGAGAACACACACAGGUGAAAAACCAUUUAAUUGUUCAGUUUGUGGAAAAAGCUUUUCUCAAAAUAGCUCUUUGACUCAACACAUGAAAACACACACAGGUGAAAAACCAUUUAAUUGUUCAGUUUGUGGCAAAAGCUUUUCUCAAAAAUUCCGUUUGACUCAACACAUGAUAACACACACAGGUGAAAAACCAUUCAACUGUUCAGUUUGUGGCAAAAGCUUUUCUCACAAUAGCAAUUUGAGUCAACACAGGAGAACACAUACAGGUGAAAAACCAUUUAAUUGUUCAGUUUGUGGCAAUAGCUUUUCUCAAAAUACUUCUUUGACUCUACACAUGAAAACACACACAGGUGAAAAACUAUUUAAUUGCUCAGUUUGUGGCAAAGGUUUUUAUCGAAAUUGCCGUUUGACUGAACACAUGAGAACACACACAGGUGAGAAACCAUUUAAAUGUUUAGUUUGUUGCCAAAGCUUUUCUCACAGUACUUCUUUGACUCAACACAUGAUAACACACACAGGUGAAAAACUAUUUAAUUGCUCAGUUUGUGGAAAAGGUUUUUAUCGAAAAGGCCAUUUGACUGAACACAUGAAAACACACACAGGUGAGAAACCAUUUAAAUGUUUAGUUUGUGGCAAAAGCUUUUCUCAAAAUUGCCGUUUGACUCAACACAUGAGAACACACACAGGUGAAAACAAAUUUAAUUGUUCAGUUUGUGGCAAAAUUUAUUCUCGAAAUUGCCGUUUGACUCAACACAUGAACACACACACAGGUGUAAAACCAUUUAACUGUUCCAUUUGUGGUGAAAACUUUUUUUUGAAGAGACAUUUGACUCAACACAUUAGAACACACACAGGUGAAAAACCAUUUAGUUGUUCAGUGUGCUGCAAAAGGUUCCCACGUCAUGCAGCCGCAGUAAGACACAUGAGAACACACACAGGUGAAAAACCAUUUAGUUGUUUAGUGUGUUGUAAAAGGUUCACACAAAAUGCAGGCGCAGUAAAACACAUGAGAACACACGAGGGAAAAUAAGCAAUUAGCUGUUUAGUUUGUGGUUUGUUGCUCAUAUGUGGCGACAUCCACCCUACCCAGGACCUCAUCACUGCUUCUUUCACAAAUAUCUGAGGUAUUCAUACUAACUUGGAUUAUUUGGAGCAUAAUCUUAUCCACUCAUGACCCCAUGUCUUCUCUGUAUCUGAAACCUUCCUGAACAGUAAGAUAGAUGAUGCUUCAAGUACUUGGUUACUCCUUCUUCAGUCCAGGGACCUGGGGCCUCAUGUGUCAAGUUUGUGCACACUCAAAAACCUGCACUACACAGUUUGUCACGGUAAAGUUUAAAUGUAUCAAAACUGAAUUGAUGCAUAAGUGAUGCUGGGUAACUGUUUGCAUAACAAACUGCCAACUUUUGCUCCUCAGACUGAUUGAUGUGCAAAUCAGAGACAUGUGAACAAUUAACCCCCAACACCCACAACUCACCCCCAACAUCCCUCGACAUUCGGGCAUAACCGGUUUUAUCCGGCUUGCGAAAUGAGUUUGCCAAGUGUAAAAUCAGGCUGCAUUUUUUAAUGAAAGAAACUGCUGUUCUAAUUGUGUCCACUGGAUGUCACAAUAGCAAUUCUGUGAGGCAAGCAAAUAGUUUAUACCGAGGCAAGCAAGUAUACCAAGCAAGAGGUACACAGUAAAGCGGGGCUGUGACUCCUCCCCCUCCAGCCAACGUAAAAGAGGAGUAAAAUAAUCAAUCAGUAACCCCACUUCAAAUGCAGCAUGAGACACUGCACACUGAUAUAGUUCUGUGAAAAUGAUUGUCUUCUGUGCAAAUGUAAAGAAAGUGAACAGUGUGUGAUUUACUGCAAUACUGUCACUCUUUCAACUUUUUAUUUGGGCUUUGUUGAAAUUGUUCACACAUUGCACUGCUUUUAUUUUUCUGUCAAUACACAUUAUGUCUAGAAGACAGGAAGUAACUCAACACUCUUGAAUAGUUUCUACCUCAGUGUGUAUGGUUUGUUGAGUUAGCACAGGAUUAAUAUGUGGAAAUGACAAAUGAGGUAGUUGAUACAUAGAAUAGUUUUUAUUCAUGCUUUAUUUAGUUUUUUGUUCAACUCUAGAUGGGCUGUUACUUAAAGUUUAAUUGUUUUGUACAAAGACUGCGAUUAAGUCUAAGUUCAUUGUGUUCUUCAUGGCGUUUCUGAAAAUGCACCAUUUGUUUCCUCUAAAUGUUUAAUUUGAAGUGUUUUUGUCAGGAUGAUUAUUUGUAAUAUGUACAGUGAAGAAAAUAAGUAUUUGAACACCCUGCUAUUUUGCAAGUUCUCCCACUUAGAAAUCAUAAAGGGGUCUGAAGUUUUCACGGUAGGUGCAUGUCCACUGUAUGAGAGAUAACCUAAAAAGAAAAACCCAGAAAUCCCAAUCUAUGAUUUUUUUAACAAUUUAUUCGUGUGAUAAAGCUGAAAAUAAGUAUUUGAACACCAACAUUAAAAUUUGGUAGAGUAGACUUUGUUUGCAAUUACAGAGGUCAAACGUUUCCUGUAGUUCUUUACCAGGUUUGCACAGACUGCAGGAGGGAUUUUGGCCCACUUCUCCACACAGAUCUUCCCUCGAUCAGUCUGGUUUCUGUGCUCUUGCUGAGUUACACAGACUUUCAGCUCCCUCCAAAGAUUUUCAAUUGGAUUUAGGUCUGGAGACUGGCUAGGCCACUCCGGAACCUCGAUAUGGUUCUUACGAAACUACUUCUUGGUUUUCCUGGCUGUGUGCUUUGGGUCAUUGUCAUGUUGGAAGAUCCAGCCACGACUGAUCUUCAAUGAUCUGACUGAGGGAAGGAGGUUUUUGGCCAAAGUCUCACAAUACAUGGCUGCAGUCAUCCUCUCCUUAAUACACUACAGUCGUCCUGUCCCAUGAGUAGAAAAACACCCCCAAAGCAUGAUGCUACCACCCCCAUGUUUCACAGUAGGGAUGGUGUUCUUGGGAUGGUACGCAUCAUUCUUCUUCCUCCAAACACGCAUAGUGGAAUUAAGACCAAAAAGAUCAAUUUUGGUCUCAUCUGUACACAAAACCUUCUCCCAUGACUCCUCCGGAUCAUCCAAAUGGUCAUUGGCCAACUUAAGACGGGCCUUAACAUGUUCUGGUUUAAGCAGGGAACCUUCCGUGCCAUGCAUGAUUUCAAAGCAUGACGUCUUAGUGUAUUACCAACAGUCACCAUGGAAACAGUGGUCCCGGCUCUUUUCAGGUCCCUGACCAAGUCCUGCCGUGUAGUCCUGGGCAGAUUCCUCACCUUUCUUAGCAUCAUUGAGACCCCGCCAGGUGAUAUCUUGCAUGGGGCUCCACUCCCAUUGAGAUUGAGCGUCAUGUUUAGCUUCUUCCAUUUUCUAAUGAUUGCUCCUUUUUUCACCAAGCUGCUUGGCAAUUUCUCCGUAGUCCUUUCCAUCCUUGUGGAGUUGUACACUAUUGUGUCUGGUGUCUUUGGACAUCUCUUUGCCCUUAGCCAUGCUGAAUGUUUGGGUCUUACUGAUCGCAUGGGGUGGACAGGUGUCUUUAUGCAGCUAACGACCUCACACAGGUGCAUCUGAUUCAGGAUAAUACCGUAGAUUGGAGGAGGACUUUUAAAGGUGGACUAACAGGUCUUUGAGGGUCAGAUUUCUAGCUGAUAGACAGGUGUUUAAAUACAUAUUUUCAGCUGUAUCACACAAAUACAUUGUUAAAAAAUCAUAGAUUGUGAUUUCUGGAUUUUUAUUUUUAGGUUAUCUCUCAUACAGUGGACAUGCACCUACCGUGAACAUUUCAGACCCCUCCAUGAUUUCUAAGUGGGAGAACUUGCAAAAUAGCAAGGUGUUCAAAUACUUAUUUUCUUGACUGUACAUUUUCAGAAUAUGCUUGUUCUGUUUUGGGCCGAAGUAAAAUAAAGAACACAAUCUGAA